GCCCAUGCUGAAUAAGAAGAAGACUAUGGGGACUCUGUACUCUGGAGUGAUGAGACCAAGAUAAAUAUUUUUGGAACUGAUGUCUUCAAAACUGUAUGGCCUCACAAAGGUGAGGAGUACAAAGGAAAAUGCAUGGUGCCUACAUUGAAACAUGGUGGUGGCCAUGUCCUUCUUUGAGGCUGCAUGAGUGCUACUGGUGUCGGGGAGCUGCAUUUCAUUGAUGGUAUCAUGCAUUUACAGAUGUACUGCUCUAAAAUGAAAGAGAAGUUUUCCAACAUGACAAUGAUCCAAAAUACACAUCUAAGGCCACUGCUGCAUUUCUGA